AUGGCCACAUCGAGUGAACGCGAGGAAGAGAACUUCGGAUUAAAAGUGUGCUGUAUUUGUUUUGAACAUUACAAGACUCCGAGAUGCUUGCCGUGUUCACACUCGUUCUGUGAGGCCUGUUUAUCAGCUCACAUCCAGUCGUCAUGUUCUGAUUGUAAUCCUCCACUAGGAUUUCCAUGUCCCCUCUGUCAAGUUUUCGUCCCGGCACCCGGGAGGUUUGCUCAGUAUUCGUUCAAAGACUGGGCCAGGGUCUUCCCAGAAAAUAAAUUCCUCGCUUCCAUCGCUGUGAAUGAUGUCAGUUUGACAUCCAUUCCCUGUCAUCCCUGUAAAGAAGAUGGAGAAGAUGCGCGGGGAACUAGCUGGUGCGUGGAGUGUUCCGAUGUUCUGUGUGAUGAGUGUGUUAAGUGUCACCGGAGGUCCCGCCCUUCUCGUCAUCACGAGGUAGUCUCACUCACUAAUAUAUCCGGGACGCUCUCACAGAAGUACCCAGGACUAGAGAACUGUGAGACUCACGGGGGUCGAAAAAUUGAAGUGUUUUGUGAAAAUCACCUCGCUCCGUGCUGUUCUCUUUGUGUUAUUAAAGAACAUGGCGGUUGUUCCAGCCUCUGUCACAUAGAGGAAGCUGCCGAGAAACUCCUAGAAAACGAUAAUGUCAAGAAUUUACAGGAUGAUGUAGAGAAAUUAUGUACAGCGAUAGAGGGAUUAAUAAAAGGAGAGAGAGUUAACAUCGAUGAGAUUGACAAUACCUCUGACAGAUUUACAAAAGAAAUAUCAGACACAACAGCGGCAAUCAUCCAAGCUGUUAAGAAUUCAGAAGAAACACAUUUGGAUGAACUUAGGGUCAGAUACUCAAAUGAUUUAUCUUAUACUGAUGAUGUAGCAGUCGAUGAUGAGGAAAGCGUCAUUUACUCUAGUUACAGUACGUCGACAGUCAGAAAAGUAGACAGAAAGGGAAACAUCUUAUUCACUUACAGUCAUGAAGAAUUAAAAAAGCCAUGUGGACUAACAGUAGACAGGGUGGGGAAUAUAUACGUAAUUGGCAAAUACAGCAACAAUGUCCACAUAUUGUCUAGGAGUGGUGAGGUCGUGAGAAUUCUGAACGGAGUGGUGACGAGCCCGGAAUGCAUUAACAUCCAGGAGGGUGGAAACAGAUUCUUUGUCGGUGAGGCAGGAGGGAUAGUGAAAAUAUUUGAAUUCAAAUGGAAAAAAGAAAUGAAUGGUUAA